AUGACACCAGACAUCUUGGAGGCGGGUGCGGGUGCGGGUGCGGGUGCGGCAGCGGGCGGGGAAUGCGGGGAAGUAACAGGCACGCCGUACGCCGCACGACACGACGGGGAAACAGAGGCGAUGACAUACGAGUCGGGCGUGAACCUCCACUUCUUCAUGACCGGCAGCCUCCACCGCCAUAAACAAUGGUCCAACUUUGUCGUUCGUCUCCUUCGCGUCUUAAUCAUUUCUUUGUUUGGUCGUUUCGAGUUGAAACCGCCAGUCUCUCUCCGCCAGCAACCAGUGGCAUUGGCUCGCCAUUACUUCGUACACCACCAUCCGACCAUCCGUCCCCGCACAUAUACCAAGGACCGAAACUACCUCGCCAUGACCCUCUUUUGCGUCUCCAAUGAUCGUCCCCAGAAUCUAGUCGCGGAAAGUCGUGUCCAUUUCUCAACUUUCUGUUCCUCUUUUUGUCUUCUCCAAACACCUGUAUGUACCGGGCUCGGCCUUGUGACCACCAUCCUUCUCUUCCGUUUUAUCUACAUGAAGUAUAUUCCCUUCCAUCGCCUGAGUAUCCAGUCGCGGCGCUCGACAACUACCGGGACAAAGCUCGCUGACGCUCCGGCGUAA